AUGAAAAAUGGGAAAGAUGUUCAUCGAAAAGUCCCUACAGCUGAAGAGUACAAGAUUCAUCAGUCUCACAACGAUCUCAGCUGGACACCCUUGAUAUCGGCGCAGCAAACCAGCCUACAGCAGUACAGCUAUAUAAACGAGAUGAACUCGGAAGCAAACCUCCAAGAGUCUAUUGUGGCCGCCUUUUACGGGGUAUACACACCCUCUCUGCGCCUGUGGCGAAAGCGUCUCGAAAUAGGGUAUUAUCCACCAUUGAUUGGUCUCCAGCUUAUACGGUGCUCUACGGAAAGGUCCAUACCGAUGCGGACGGAGAUGCAGAAACUCGCUCACAACUUGAAUUGCUUCGGGAUUUGUACGGAGUACUUUCUUGAUGAUGAAGAGACCUCCCCAGCAGUCCGCAGCAGGCAGACACAGGGAGUGGCUCAACGGGGACAGAAGAGGCCUCUAGAUGAUGAAUAUGGCGGUCAAAAUAAUUUGUCAAAGUCCAGCAAUCCAGCGAUUGAGUGGGGAAACAGGCGUGCGGCGGAUGAAGGCAUCACUUCCCAGCAAUGUCCCCGUGGUGCUCUUAACGUCCCCCGCAGAUGGACAUUGGGACCCGGCCUCACAGCGGAUGAGGCAGUAUUACGCCAUGCACCACUGCUCAAAGACAUGCAAUCUACGGAGUAA